GGUGCGCAGGAGUUUUGCCGCUUCCGUAGCUCCCUGUGCCUGAGGGAAAGCACCGCGGAGCCAGUGAAGCUGCUGGCCACAGGCUUCUAGGACCAGAGACCAGAGCCAAGAUCUGAGAGAAGCAGCAGGUCUUAGCCUACUGUGCCAGACCGUUGCCCUUCCGAAAGCGCUGGGGGCCCUCUGGAGAUCGGGGAAUAUAUGUGGCCAUUGGAAAGCUCAGCUGACUUUACUGGAGCAAGAAGUGUCUCCUUCAAGACCUGCUUACUGUGCCCCAUCCUUCCUCUCUAAAACGUGAAAGCCCUUCAGUGUUACACCAUGUUGGGAGCGUUGGGAGAUCAGUAAUAAAACCAACAGUUUCCUCAUAAAGCAUAGUUCCUUGACUACACCUGUGGCUCCGGCCCCUUUAACUUGCGCUGCCACCCAGGUCCAGUCAACACAAGGACUCGAACACUACCUUAGCAAAGGCUUUGAGAUGCAAUCUUUGGGAAAUAUUUGUGCCUUUCAUGGAUGUGUGGCUCAUGGGUAUAUUAAAAUCCUAUUCAGGUUCUGCCUUCUCUGCCCAUUGCUCAAGGUGCUGCUUGGCCUGAUUCACUACAUUGCUGGGAAAUCCUUGUGGAGAAGAGCCAUCCCACGGCCUCCAUUUGUUCUUAGCUGUACAGCGGGGGGUGGGGGGAGAGGCGGGGGUGGGCAUUCUUGUUGUCUGGGAUGGGAAAUGGGCUCCCUCCUUUCUUAAGAGCCUCGUGUGUCAUUAGCUGGGUAAUGGGGGAAGGAAACGGUGCUCUGGCAACGCGAGUGCUGCAUGCAGCCCAGAACUGAUGGAGCCGUAGCUGCUGCAGUGCAGAGUCGGAGCUGGGAAUUACCGCCCCCCCCCCCCUCCUCCUCCCAGCCUUGCUUCCAUUCCGCCUGGGAGAGAUGUGCAGGGCUGAGAGGCUGCCCUCCUGACAACCGUGCAUCAGAACCCGGCGGCUGCAGGAUCUUCUGAGGACCACUCUCUCGAUGGCAGCCCCUGGCUGAAGCAGUGCCUCACAGAGCGGGGCUUGUGUGUGGGAAGCGCUUGCUUUGUCCCUGCAGAAGGAUGUCGAACUGUGACACAAUGCCUGUUUGUUUGCAAUAGCUGAGACCGUCCUGAGAGGGCAAGAGGCAGGGGCAAGCCGGAGGAACAGCCCAUCGGCGGGGGAAAUUGGGAGCUGUGACGACGCAUCUUGCCUCCUUUGCCGAAGGAAGUGAGGGAAAGAGAGGCAGACCAGAAGAGAGAGAGAGAGAGAGAGAGAAAGAGAGAGAGAGAGAGAGAGACUGAGACUUACAGCCAUCGAACGAACGAUGUGUCAGUCAAGCGCCCUGCAGGGACCAGAGCUGCACUCAGGGAAAUGGUUGCAGUUUCCCCAGCUGGCCCUGAGACGGAGGUUGGGGCAGCUGAGCUGUAUGUCUAGGCCUGCUCUGAAACUCCGUUCUUGGCCUCUGACUAUUCUCUAUUACCUUCUGCCUUUUGGUGCUCUUAAACCCCUGACCAGAGUGAGAUGGAGGCCUAUGAGCAGGGUUUCCCUGUACAAAUCAGUGCCAACGCGACUGCUCUCCCGAGCCUGGGGACGCCUCAACAAUGUCGAGUUGCCCACCUGGCUCCGGAAGCCUGUCCUCAGCUUGUACAUCUGGACUUUUGGUGUCAACAUGAAGGAGGCAGCUGUGGAAGACCUGCAUCACUACAGAAACCUUAGUGAAUUCUUCAGGCGGAAGCUGAAGCCGCAGGCCCGGCCUGUCUGUGGCAUCCACAGCGUGAUCAGCCCAUCUGAUGGCAAGAUCCUCAGUUUUGGACAAGUGAAGAACUGUGAGGUGGAGCAAGUGAAAGGCAUCACUUACUCCCUGGAGUCUUUCCUGGGUCCUCAUGCCAAUAAAGAAAACCCUAAAAGCAAGCCCGCCUCCUGCCGCAACUCUUUCCAAAAGCAGCUGGUCACAAAAGACAGCAACGAACUCUAUCACUGUGUGAUUUACUUGGCACCUGGAGACUACCACUGUUUCCACUCACCCACCGACUGGAAAGUGUCUCACCGGCGUCACUUCCCAGGUUCACUGAUGUCUGUGAAUCCGGGAGUUGCUCGCUGGAUCAAAGAACUCUUUUGCCAUAAUGAACGUGUUGUCCUCUCAGGCUGCUGGAAGCACGGCUUUUUCUCCCUCACAGCGGUAGGAGCCCAGAACGUGGGGUCGAUCCGCAUCUAUUUUGACCAGGACUUACGAACAAACAGCCCUCGCUACAGCAAAGGCUCCUACAAUGACUUCAGCUUCGUAAGCAACAACAACCACGAAGGCAUCUCUAUGAGGAAGGGAGAACAUUUAGGAGAGUUUAAUCUAGGCUCAACCAUCGUUCUGAUCUUUGAGGCGCCAAAGGACUUUAAUUUCUACGUGAAGCCUGGUCAGAAAAUCCGCUUUGGAGAGGCCUUAGGAUCUCUUUAGAGAGGUCUUAGGAUCUCUUGAGAGACUUUACUGCCGGUGGGAUGUGGGGGCUUUUAUAUGCAACAGGGACUCAAUUUGUAUGAGGAAAAGUUUCUCUAAGGUAGAGUAUUGCUCAGCAGGACCUGAGUGAGGAAAACCAGACAACACCCUUCUUCUUAAAAUGGGUGUGCCAGAGCAUUCCCCCAUGAGAAUUGUGGACGUAUCAGGGAUCGUGGCCUUUAAGAAUGUUCACCAGGGUGGCUUUCCUUUUCCCCGGCACCUGCAGUAACAACAGUUUCUCCUCGCUACGCCUGCAGGUGUGUCUGUCUUGAGAUGCUGUAAACCUUGCAGUCAAAGGGAGGGAGGAAAGCAGCAAACUCUCUUCUUUCAAGGGAUACUAGCAGAUUGGCUCGCUUUUCAAAUUACAUUUCUUUUUCCUCCAUAUAUUCUCGAGUUAUAUUUCACACCAGCCUGAGUAAACCACUGUCAAAACAAGGACAGAUUAGGCAGAGUGAAUAUACAAAAUGAAGUUCAGUUGGAAAUUCAGUUGUUUUGGAUACCUAUUAAAAUCUGGUUGUUUCCCUUUAAAGUAGAAGUUUGCACUGUAUUUUAAACCUCAAACACUGUGUCCACAUUCCAUGUUUGACUUGUUCUUGGUUAUUUUUUGCUUUUAGGAAGCCUGUUUUACUUGUAGCUCCAGCUUACUCCAAACCUAUAAUUUUGUUUUGCUAUUCUGGGCCUUAAUAUUUUCUGUGCGCCUUUGUUAAGCUUGGGACAUGAAAAAAUGCACACUGUUAAUUUCACUGUGCAAAGGCGGUGGGAAGUCUCUUGCUGCUGAAAAUGCCGAGGGUCGGUUUCUCUUCCCUGUGCAGCUACUGCCAUGUUGCCAUGACCUGGGGAAGGGAGAAAGGUCAGGUCUGCCCUGGACUUCUUGAAAAAAGCAAAAA